UUUGUCAAGUAAAAUUUCAGGAGGCAUAUUCGUUGUUCAGCCAUUCGACCUUCUCAUGGAGUGCCCUCACCGGAUACUCCCGCCGCCGCUUAACCUCCUCCUCACCUCCUUAUCAUGCUCUAGCGUCAGGCUCUCGCGGCUGUGCAACACUAGCCGAGCCGUCCGAACGAGCAUGCGAGCCCAUCUUGCUCUAACUGCUUCCUCUCACACGAAUCCUCUGCGCUCAUCUCCUCGGUUGCUUCAGGCCCUAAAUGCAACUGCCGGGAGCCAAUCUAAUGCAGCUACUUCCGAAACAACUGAAUGGGCUAUGCAAGAUUUUUAUGGCUUGAGGAAGGAUGUUCAAGUUGCUGCAGAGCGUGUUGAGGAAAUAAGCGCUGCUACCGGUCUGGAAUGUUUAGAAGCAGAUCUUAGUGUUCUGGAGAGGAAGGCUGCAGAGAGUUCUCUGUGGGAUGAUCCUUCUAAAGCUCAGGAAAUACUUCUUGCAUUGACUGAUAUUAAAUAUAAAAUCAAACAGGUCAAAGAAUUCAAAUCUCAGGUGGAGGAAGCUGAAACAAUAGUUAAAUUGAUAGAGGAGUUUGGUUCCAUUGAUUCUGGGCUACUUGAGGAAGCUUCUAAGAUCAUUAGAGAAUUAAACAAGGCAUUGAAUCAUUUUGAGUUGGCACAACUUUUGUCUGGACCUUAUGACAGGGAAGGAGCUACAAUUGCUAUUACUGCUGGUGCUGGGGGCACGGAUGCACAGGAUUGGGCUGAUAUGUUGUUAAGAAUGUACGUAAGAUGGGGAGAAAAACAGGGUUACAAAAGUAGAGUAGUUGAGAAAUCUGCGGGAGACGAAGCUGGGAUCAAGUCAGCCACAAUUGAAAUUGAUGGGCGUUUUGCUUAUGGAUACCUCUCUGGGGAGAAAGGAACACACCGAAUUGUUCGUCAAUCUCCAUUUAAUGCUAAAGGUCUUCGCCAGACAAGCUUUGCUGGUGUGGAGGUCAUGCCGCUUCUUCGUGAAGGAUCCAUAAACCUUGACAUACCAGAAGAAGACCUGGAGAUAAGCUUCUCUCGAGCAGGAGGAAAAGGAGGCCAGAAUGUGAAUAAGGUUGAAACUGCUGUUCGGAUUGUUCAUAUUCCAACUGGUGUUACUGUCCGCUGCACAGAGGAGAGGUCUCAGCUGGCUAACAAGAUCAAGGCUCUCAGCCGUCUAAAGGCAAAGUUGCUUGUCAUAGCUGAAGAACAGAGAGCAGCCGAGAUAAAACAGAUAAGAGGUGAUGCUGUGAAGGCCGAAUGGGGGCAACAGAUAAGAAACUACGUUUUUCACCCUUACAAACUUGUGAAAGAUGUGAGGACUGGGAACGAGACUUCUGAUAUCACUUCUGUAAUGGAUGGAGAUUUGGAGUCUUUCAUCAAAGCUUACCUUAAAUACAAGUACAGUGCAGUUGCGAGCGAAGGGAGCACAAUUUGAUUCAAGUGAGCCGAGUUGUACUGUUCAGAAAAUGGUCAAGUAGUUUCAAGCAGUGUGCUCACGAUUUGGACUUUGAGUUGCCAUAGAAAAGUAUUUAGAAUUGAAAUGCUUUAGUGAGCUGUUGUUUCUCCUAGAAAAUUUGAAGGGCGGAAUAGGAGGAUGUAUCAGUAUUGUUUUCGGACUCAUCAUCAGAUUCGACUCCGGUUAAUUACUUGAUACAAAUUUAUGUAUAAUAUAAGUGUAAUCAUAUACUUGCAGAUUGAGAUGAUUCUUACAAUGUAAUCUUUUUCUUUUUCUUUUUUUUAUGGUGGAUCUGUUUGAUCA